AUGAAAUCCUUGUUCCUUCUCACAGCAAUGGCUGUUGUCUUGAUGGCUCUCUUCUUCACACAAGAUUCUCAUCAACAACAAUUUCAAAUGCGUUCCCUCUACCAAGGAACCACUUGUGCUGGUACUCCCUUCCGUAUUGUGACUCAAAAGAUCAACACUCAAUGCAAUGCCACUGAUUCUUGCACGAAAUAUACUGCUGAACCAAAUCAAUUGUCCUAUACUCAAUCGUGCCCAACUGCCUUCCCAAAUCAAGCCAGUGUUGCUGGAGAAAUCUAUAUCAAUACCUAUUCUGAAGCCUCUUGUAGUGCUGCUUCAUUGACUUCAUAUGAAGUUUAUCGUAUUAAUACUUGUAUGACUUCGAAUGUAAUUUUUGGACCUAACGCAAAGAGUGCCAAAUACGUCAAUUGUGAAAAGCUGGUCUUGUAUGAAGAUGAUGCUUGUCAAACUGUUUCAGCUGAAGAUCCAGUCGUCUUGAAUACUUGUAAUUCUCAAAAGAAGAUUUACAGAUGUGGAUCUGCUGGUAAGAUUUCAAGCUCUUUGGUUGUAUUGGCAGUGUUGAUGAUUUUGGGAUUGUUCAUGAUGUAA